GGUCCCUGACUUGCCGAUCGCUUAGAAAGCACAACAUGGAGGAACGAAUCGAGCACAAACAUGGCCGAACGAUUGGACAAAGGCUAUCUCGCGGCGCGAUCGCGCUUUCGUGUCUUGUCCACUAGCUCUCGAAGAUCGUAAGUUCACCGUCCACCCAGUUCCUCCGGCUCCGAUGCCCAAAAAAUGUAGUGUCGAUAUCAUAGAUGGGAGCUAGGACUCUUUUCCCCUCGCUCAACUGUUUUCUUCCAAGUGCCCUUGCUAUCCGUUCUCUUCCUUGCACCGCAUCAUUCAAAUCUCUCUCUUUGUCACCAUACUCCUCUCAACUCCUCGUACUUUUUGAGAUACCAUUGUCCUACUCGCCGGACCGAGACUCCGCGGCCGUCGCAAACACUUAAUUCACAACCCACAGACGCUACCUAACUCCCAUCUAUGGCCUCAGAAGUGAUCAAGGGCAAGCCUGCCCAACAGCUCUCGUCAAUCCUACCACCUCUCGUCUUUGGAUGUGCUGUUUUCAACUCUCAAUACAACGAUGUGAACAAGCUGGACACAUUCGGCUUGGUUCAAGAGGCGCUCGAGUUCGGUAUCAGAGCAUUCGAUACCAGCCCAUACUAUGGCCCCAGUGAAGAACUCCUGGGCGCAGCUCUCGACACAGAAUUCGUACGCGCACACGUGCCUCGUUCCGACCUCUUCUACAUCACAAAGUGCGGCCGCAUCGCUGGCGACGAGUUUGAUUACUCACCCGAGUGGGUCCGCCAAAGCGUCGCUCGCAGUCUGCAAAGACUUCGCACCGACUAUCUCGAUAUUGUCUACUGCCACGAUGUCGAAUUUGUGAGCGAGGAUGAAGUCAUGGGAGCUAUUAAAGAGUUGCGUCGCAUCCGCGACGAGGAUGGUACACUGCGCUACAUUGGUAUCUCCGGAUACCCCGUUCCUCUGCUUUGCUCUCUUGCUGAGCGCGUUCUUCGCGAGACUGGCGAGCCUCUCGAUGCGGUCAUGUCCUACGCCAACUUCACAUUGCAAAACACCACACUUGCGACAACUGGUAUCGCACGCCUGCGCGCUGCUGGUGUCGAUGUCGUCCCCAACGCGUCUCCCCUCGGAAUGGGUCUUUUGCGCCGUGCAGGCCCUCCUGUAGCCGGCCAAGGCGAUUGGCAUCCUGCUGGACCUGGCGUCAGAGCAGCCGUCCGUCGUGCUAGCGAGUUCUGCGACCGCCACGGAGAACGCCUCGAAGUUAUUGCCAUUCGAUUCGCUUUGGAGUCUUGGUUGACACAGGGUGCUGAAGUUGGCUCAAGAGGCGACCCUGCAUCUGGUGUUCCAUGGACCCGCGAGUCGAACCAGCAAGUCGGAGGUCAAAAGCUCGGUGUCAGCGUCAUGGGUGUCAGUAAUGCUGGCGAGCUCGAAAAGACAAUGUCAGUCUGGCGCAGUAUCCUCGACGGUCUCGAGGGAGGAGAGGAGACUUGCAAGCUCGCUGGUCGCUGGAAGAGAGACCACGAGUGGAGUCUCAACCGCAAGCAUGGUGUUCAAAUUAUGGCCGAUGGUAUCCAAGAGCAUCUGGACGAAUACCUCGACUUCGCUUGGGACAGCCCUGGCCAGGAUUACAUCAACAAGAAGGCUGCUAAGAAUCUGACGCUACCUCAAACCGAGGAUGCUCCCUGGAUGACACCCGCUCAGAGCCCACGGGCAGAGCAAGAUAUCCCUGAUGAGAUCAACAUUGCCCUCAGAUAGGCUUGAGGGACAGCUGAGUCUUGCCUCUUUGCUAUGGCGUUUUUACAAAUGGUCUGGUUAUGAAUCUUCUUGAUAUCCCUCUGUCUCGUUACAGAAUUGAUUGCAUAUAACUUGGACACGUCCUUGAAAAUUCUACUAUUAUCCUCCUCUCACAUAAUCAGGAAUCACUCGGGUGCCAACAAAAAGUCCAAACAUAGUGUUGAUACUGCAGAUCAGGCAGUUGGAGGCGGGUGCGGAGAACGGUACCUUGAUGUCAUGACCUGCAUCACCAUCAUGCAGAACGGCAUCAUCAUCUCGUCGUCGUUCAA